GGAUUACAGCGCCCAGACAAAGAAGAGCAAAUAGCAAUUAGUGUCCUGACUUUCCCGUUUCUUUACUUUACGUCUAAAAAGCAACAAGUGGGCUCGAGCUAUGGAGAUUCGUAUGCAGACUUUUUGUUGUGGAUGUAACCUGCGAACAGGCAUUAUGUUAAUCGGCCUCUUCGGCAUCGUAUGUAUCCAUAUUUUCCAUACGUAGUUUGCCAUGUUUGUCAUCGAAUGACAGUAUCGAUCCUGCGUAGUUGGUUGUGUUUUGGUAGUUUCCAGCGGCGGAGCCGCAGCGAAUUCUUAUGGAAACGGAGGGGAGAAUACAGGGAAACCGCCUGCUGAAAAUUUAAAGGAUUACAAAUCUAACGAGCUCAUCAGAGAACGGAAAUUCAGAAAUGCCACCGAAGCAAAUUAUCAUGUCGCAAGAGCAUUAUUUUUUGUGGCUUUAGACUCGUAACUACUCAAAAGUCCUUUUUUCUUUUGACUGAUAUAGUUCUGCAGUUGAAAUUGUGUUCAAGUUUGGAUAGCGCAUGAUGCAUAGUGCACCCGGAAUGAAGAGGAGGAAAUUAAUUUGGCGCGGUUUUUCUUUAGGGAGAUAAUUAGAUUUAUUUAGUAAAAAUUCGUAAAUGUGUUGUUGUGAGUCCUUCUGCGAAUGGGGCUUUGAGCGCGACGCACAACGAGUUUGCUUGAAAAUUUCAAAAGGUAUAUAAGGCGGUGUUUUGCCGGCGCAAAACACCGCGUUAUAUCAGUUAGGGCUAUUUUCAUAAUUAUAAAACGGAGCUUGUUUUAAAUCGAUCUCGUUCUCUGAUAGCAUUCCACCUUGAUAUGCAUUAUAUCGAUUUUUUUUUGGAGGAAACAAACCUUUGAGAGUAGUAAACAGUGAAAACGAUUGACAAUUUGAUCUUUGUAAGAAGAAUAGCCAGUUGCCCUCUGGCGCUGGAAGAAUGUCAAACACGCGUAUUUUGUGACACUCUGUUCAUGAAAUAAACGCGUGAGCAAAUGUGUUAUUGUUUAUAACUACGAGAUUUUCCUGGUGGCAAACUAACAUCUUACCAUGAACCAAGACUUUUUAACGUUGUGUUAAAGAGGAAUUUCCAGAGAUGGUUUCUUAAGAGUAUUUGUAACGCGUGACCCAUAUGGUCGACAAGACGUGCAUUUUUUUAAGAGCCAAAAGGUACUCAGAGAUGUGUUAACAUAAACUUUCUCAAGGCUGAAGGCUGUCACGCCGUGCAUGCCCUGAACUGUGAUUUCGUACCUUUAAAAGUAGCCCGCAUGAAGGACAGGCCGAUCAUUCUUUGCGUUUUCGCGAGAGAAGCACUCGCUUUUCGCGCUCACCUCGCGUGCAAUUCACGUUGUCCCAUGAAAUGUGAGAUUUGAAAGUAGCAUACUCAACUAUUGACGGUAUUAUGGGUAUUUUACGCUAGAGAAGGCCUCAAGAUAGUGUUAUCAUUCAAUAUUGCCCUGUUAAAGCGCCAAAAAGGCCAUUGAUUUUCUUUUCACAUAGUUCUCAAAUGGAGUAGGAAUUUACUGGAACCACACAGCCGCGGAAACUGGUGAACUGGAUGCAUUGCCAAUCUCCCAAAGAUACAAAAAAGGUAUGCAAGGCAUGUUCAUUGACUGGAUCUACACAGAGAGUAUCAAUGGUCCUUUACAAUUUAGGAGAAUAUGGAUUUCACUCAUGCUAAGAGAUCAUCAAAUUCGAAUGAGAUGCAUGCAUAGACCUACAAAACAACCUCUACGUUCCGCAGUAAAUAUUGCGAAUGAGACGCUUAACUCUUGAAAGAAACCUCUUGCAACGAGAUCCAUAUGAUGUGAUAUGACAGCUAGUUUGAAUAUCUGAAAUGCAGCCAACUACUGCGAGGUCGUGGUCAUUAUAAAUCUUCCGAAACCAUCCUAAUUUACUUCGGGUGCGUGAACGGAACUCUGAAUCAUUCUCCACUGCUCCUCUAAUUUCUCGCUGCCAAUUUGCAAGUAAGAACUUUUCCGUGGGGAAUAAUCUCUGGCUUGAAAGAACCCUUAGUGAACACUAUUUAUUUUAAAUUUCAAACUAUUGUAUUUCCUUUCUUUACAGUUUUAGCCGAUUUGAGUAUGGUUGCCCUUGCAUUUUCCGCCGUUUCAAUGUUGGCGGAUGUCUUUCUUUUGAUUUCCUAUUGCAUGGUAAGAAAACUGUGACCCAAUGUCCCUUUUUCCUUUUAUGACCACUUGUUUCGUUUAUAUAAUAGCUCGUUUUUUCGAGUGAAAGUGAGUUAAAGAUAGGUACACUUUGAACGAGAAUAGAAUAAGGUUCAGAUUUAUAAUUGGAGUAGUUUUCAAAUUAGUGUCGAAAGCAAUCCGAAAUUGAACUGGUUUUGCUUUACUUUGGUCUGUGAUUGGUCCAAAAAACUCGCUCCAUCCUCUCGACCAAUCAGAUGUAAAACUGAAACCAUUCACGUCUUGGUCGCCCACGCGUUUUCUUCCCGCGCUUUGGGCAGUGAUUUGGUUUACAAAGGUAUUUUCCUUCUGAUUGGCUCUCGUAAUUACUUUGGGUUUGGUUUUACGACACUGAAUCGAAAAGCGCAUUACAAAGAAAUCUAUCGGCUGGCUUGCUAACUUAUUAUUUCUUCUCACUUUAAGAAUACACGUUACGGGAACAAAUAUUUACCUCGUUUUGUUUUCUUAUCAUCAGCCGAGCAGAUAUCUGACACAUUCCUGGAUUAUCUGGCGAAUUUGUGUGAUUUUCGGCUCCUUCAUUUUGAACAUUUUUCUCAUGUCUGUUUGGGAGGGGGUAAGUCUUUUCCUUCCGUGAAUAUGUUUGUGACAAUUGUUUAACAGUUAAGAGAGACGUUAAAUUUCAAUCACGGUAAUAGACUGUAGCCUAGGAGUGGCCGUUCCUUUCCCCCCGCAAAGGAGGAAGGUUUCUUCUUGGGGGAGGGGGAACUGCUACUCGUAGGUUAUAAUGCAGUAGAAUAGGAUGCGUUUUCGUUUUGUCACGAGCUUGGGACAAAGAAAAUUGAUAACUUAGAGAAUUUCCAAGCUGAAUUUAUCGUCUUAAAGACUUUCGCUCUAACAUAUUUCCUGUUUAUUUCUUCUUAGUUCUUGUUUUUGUUCUGCUUGAACAUCUACGCAUGGCUGUUAAUGGUGAGUUUCACCUCUGUACACUGCUUUGGCUUUAAUCUAAGAAUCCGAAGAUGUUCUGAGUUAUAAAUGUGACACAUAUUCCGUUUGAUUCGUUCAUUCCAUCUUUCUUCGCCUGUUCUUUCCUUAGUUCAGCCAGUCAUUCGUUCAUUCAGUAGGUCAGUCAUUAUGUCAGUCAAUCAAUCAGUCUGUCGGUCUGUCAGUCAGUCAUUAAGUUAGUCAGUCAUUUAGUUAGGAAGUCGAUCUGUCAGUCAGUGUGUCAGUUAGUUUGUCAGUAAGUUAAUAUAAUUUAGGUUUUAUCAACUGAGUUGAUGAUGACAAUUGGCCACCGUAAAGAGUUUCAAAGCUGACAUUUCAAGCGUUAGCCCUGUCAUUCGCUCUAAAAUACCAAAAUUUAUCUUCCUCGUUCCCCUACCGACGCAGCACCAUAGUUUCUCUAGAUACAUACCCCUGAUUUAUUUGUCAGUUAGUUAGACUGUCAGUCAAUCAUUCAGUCAGUCCGUCAGUUACCAUCUCUUUUCUAAAUAGUCAGUUCUGAAAUAAACUACCAGGGUCCAAGAGGAUCCAGUGGCAUUCUACUCUGUUCAGCUGUGUUUCUAAAUUUGCUUUGGAAUAUAAUUCAACAUCAUUUUUAAGCAUUUUAAUUCAUAUUAUUGUCGUGUGAUAAUCGUUUAUUUUCUACUGUUUUUUAUCACAUAAACUGCGGUGUUAUACAGAGAUUUCCGGCCCUGAGAAAAGUCGUAACAACACGCGUGAAAAAAGAUCGUAUUUUUUUCCACGUGUGUUGAUAUAGCCAAUCGGCUGCUGACACGUCAAUCGCCUCUGGCGCCACUCGGUCAGAUUCAUGAAUGAACAGCAAGUCUUCACCAUUCUCAAUACAAGUUGUUCGUCGGAGGUUUCUCGAAUUGUUUGUGGCUAAAACACUAAAAAAUCCGUAUCGCUGACAGACAGUGAGGUUCAAAUUUUCCUAGAAGAAGGGGAAGAAAACCAAUAUACUAAAAGAAAAACCGAAAGUUACUUAUUCAGUGGCUUUGGUGUUAGCAUUUCUCUCGGCUGAGAAUGAAAAUCGACAACUGGAAGAUUUGCCACUGACCGAUUUUGGCCGUUUACCUGAAAGACUUCUUCUAUCGGUAAGGAUAAUAAAAGAGAAUUUUGUAAAUUUAAAAUUACGACCAUUGUUGUUUUUGUAAUCAUGAUUCAAUGCAUUUUUCUAUCUUAAGAGUUAGCGCCAACGCACUCUACGGUUGUUAUUCGGGGAUUGUCGAUUCGUUAAAUAAGUGAAGUCGGCUUUUCUUCUCAGUAAGAGCUCUUGUGUUUAUGUGAUAAAACAAAAUAAUACAUGGUUGCUUGUAGAUAUGGAAUUUCUCUUCUCGUGUUCAACUCGACAUCUCACUCGUUCGCUCCGCUCACUCGAGAGCUAUCGAGUUAAACGCUCGAAGAGAAAUUCCAUAUCUACGCGCGCCUGUGUGUUAUUCUCUCCACAUAUUUACAUUAAUUUUCUUUUUCUUUCAAUUUCAUUCCUUUUUUUUUUUCGGUUAUCAGGUUUACUUCAUUCUUGUGGUGUACUCAUACAUCGAUACUCCUGGUCCGGAACGAACAUCGUUACAAAUGAGUGGAAGCUCGGUAAUAAACAUAACGUAGUCAUGGCAUCAUUUUCCUAUAAAACCUGCCAUUAUUUACUGCCUGGGAGAGGGGAGGGGGAAUCGGCGGACAAUUUUGGAAAGGAUUACAUCGUUUUCAGGGGAAACGAAUGGGGGUUCAGUCAGUCAUUGUUGACACAGUGUAAAGGAAGGAUCCUUAAAAUAUUUCAGGAACUCAGGUAACUUUUAUCACACGACAACCAAAAUCCUUUGACAACCCCCCCUCCCCUCCCCCGCGAUGUAGAUGUAUAAUGACCAGUCCCUAAAGUAGAAUAGGUAGAUUACAUUCCUUGCUAUCCCGGAUGAGAUAGGGGUGGGUAGACAUAUGCUCUGUUACUGGAUUGGACUACAGAACUAAGGAUCGAGUGUUCCUUCGAAGCGUUUAUGUGUAGAGCUUAAGGAUAAUUAAUCUAAUUUACACCGCCUAGGAACAAGAAUUGCCGGAAGUUGUUUUUUUGAGGAAAUCCUAGAUAUUUUUUUUUUAGUUAUCCGUAAAAGAAGAGUGGAGCGAUUCUCUAUUGGGCAACCUAAAACUAAAUCAAGAAUACUCACAGUCGCCGAUCAGACCAAAAGAAAAUAUUUCAAGAAACCAAUAAGAAACAAAAGUUUGUUAAAAAAAUGAUUUCUCUAUCUUUUUUUGCAGCACCAUCAAUACGAUGGACUUGCUUGAUUCACCAAAAUCAGUCUUAC